AUGGUUUUGAGACGCCAAAACGAAGGAAGGAUUAACGAAGGAAUGAACCAACGUGAAGCAGUUACUUCUAUCCGUUUCUGCCGGGAAAUGCUGUUUUAUAAGCUUCCAACGAUCACUUUCAAGAAUCGCAUUCGCUCUCUUCACUCUUUUCCUUCCAGUGCUCUAUAUUCUCUCCUCACUGAUCUCUUCUCGGUUCUGAUUCUCACAAAAAUGAGCGGUAUCCUUGAACAGACCAAUGUAUUCAAAUCUCUGUUCGUGGGCUGUUUAGAAUGCAGAGUUUGGUAUCGUCGUUGGAGAAGUUCUAAAGCAGAUCUGAAUUUAGAUCAGUUCAACAUCAGGGUCAUUGAACCAGUAGGAUUCGGUCCGUUCAGGAAGGUUUACCGGUGUCACGAUGUAAACAGUAAUCGAGUUGUGGCAGUUAAGGAGGUUUACGCUGGUGACGGUAGUGAAACAGAAAUGAUAAAUGAAAGAAUCGAGUUUCUUAAAGAUCAGCCGCAUAACAACGUGGUCAGGUUGCUGUAUACAUUGAAAAGGGGAUGUUACCUCUAUCUCGUUUUUGAGUAUAUCACCCCUAAUCUGUACUAUUUCAUUAACCUAUCAGAAGACCUUAGAUAUCCAAAACAAAGAAAUUAUAUGUUGUAUCAGAUGCUUGCGGCUGUAGCACACUAUCAUUCUAACGGGAUUCUCCUCCGAGAUCUGAAACCACAAAAUCUACUCAUGGAUUUUCGUGAUGGUUUCCUCAAGCUAUGUGAUUUCGGUUUGUACAGUUCAUUCGGAGAUCCUGAACCUUGUGAUAUACCAGUGUCCUUGUAUACUGCGCCUGAGGUCUUGCUUGAUAACAAUGAACAUUCACGGCCAUCUGAUCUGUGGGCCGUGGGUUGUAUUUUUGGAGAGAUAGUAAUCAAGAAGCCUCUAUUUCAUAUUGGUAAAAGCAAUCAGGAUCAGCUAAGGGGCAUUUUCGGUUUGUUAGGAACUCCAACUGAGGAAUCUUGGCCGGGAAUUAGUGACCUGUGCCCUACACUUGCCUUCUACCCCAAGUUCGAACCGCUGAACUUGUCUUCAAAGUUUCCUGAUUUGGAACCAGAAGGCGUUGAUAUUCUUUCGAAGUUGCUUUGUCUGGAUCCAAAAAAAAGAAUUUCAGCUGAAGCAGCUCUUGACCACGCAUUCUUCAAUAAUGAUUUGUGUAAAACACUGAUGAGCAAGAGAAAACGGAUCCAAGACGUUGCUGAACCUAGAGGUACGAAGAAAAUCGAACUUGGGGACAAGAGAAAACCGAUCCGAGACGUUGCUGGACCUAGUGGUACAAAGAAAAUCGAACUUGGGUACUCCACAGAUUAAUCAUUUCUGUCGACAAAUCGUCACACAUACAUGGAUCAAUAUGCAGCAGAAGAAAAAGAAAGCUUAGAAGAUGAAGUUCCCAUUAUACUCUUUUGUUAUUAUGCCAAUAUUAGCAUAGUUCUAUAGAUAGUUAUACUAGAGAUAUAGAAAUAUUUUAAUUUUGUGUUUUGUGGUUUACAUGUUGAUUUUGAAGCGAUGUAUGGUCUAAAGUGGGGAUCUUCAAGUUAAAC